AUGAGCUCUCCUCCCGAGAGGAAGAGCUUGGAUAUCACUCCAGAGUCAAUCGAUACUGAGAAGUCUCUCGAUGUCCCACAAUACAAACAAGAUGCCUUUGGUGACGAGGAGUUCGCUGAAGUCAAGUAUAAGGUGCUGAAGUGGUGGCAAUGCGGUUUAUUAAUGGUUGCCGAAACUGUGUCGCUGGGCGUGCUUUCAUUGCCCGCCGCCGUCGCAGGUCUGGGCCUCGUUCCUGCUAUCCUCGUUCUUCUUUUCCUGGGCUGUCUAGCCACAUAUACCGGCUACGUGAUCGGACAGAUGAAGCUGAAAUACCCUCACAUCUCAACUAUGGCAGAUGCCGGUGAAGUCAUUGGCGGGAAAUGGGGUCGGGAAUUGGUCGGCGGUGCUUGGAUCAUCUUCUUCAUCUUCAUUAUGUCGAGUCACUUGUUGACUUUCACUGUUGCCAUGAACACGAUCACCAACCAUGGCACUUGCUCGGUGGUCUUUGGCAUCGUUGGCAUGCUCGUGUCUUUCGUUCUGUCACUGCCUCGCACCUUGGUCAAGAUGUCUUGGCUGUCUCUUGUUUCAUUCGGAAGUAUCAUGGCCUCAGUCAUCAUCGUCAUGAUUGCAGUCGGCAUCACCAAGCCCGGCAGCGGUGUCGUCGCAGUAGUCGACACAGACCUAUACCACGGCUUCUCAGCCGUAUGCAACAUUGUCUUUGCAUUCUGCGGACACGCCGCUUUCUUCGGCCUGAUGGCCGAGCUGAAGAACCCAAAGGACUUCACCAAGUCCCUUUGCCUGUUGCAGGGCAUUGAUAUGGGUCUGUACAUCACCGCUUCUCUAGUGAUUUACCGAUACGCCGGAAGUGACGUGACCUCACCGGCGCUGGGAUCCGCUUCACCCGUCGUGGCCAAGGUGGCUUACGGAAUUGCCUUGCCUACCAUUAUCAUUGCAGGUGUUAUCAACGGCCACGUCGCUUUCAAAAUGGUCUACCUGCGCAUCUUCCAGGGUACGGAUCGCAUGCACAAGCGUGACUGGAUCGCCUGGGGCUCGUGGGUCGGUAUCGCCCUCGGAAUGUGGAUUCUUGCUUGGAUUAUCGCUACAGCCAUUCCGGUCUUUAGUAAUCUUUUGACCUUGAUCACUGCGUUGUUCGCUAGUUGGUUUACCUAUGGUCUCAGCGGUGUUUUCUGGCUGUUCAUGAACAAGGGCUUGUGGUUUUCCUCACCGAGAAAGAUUGCGCUCACUGCUUUGAAUGUGACCAUCGUCGCAAUCGCCGCAGUUUUGUGUGGUCUUGGUCUCUGGGUCUCCGGAAAAGCUCUUCACGCCGACUCGAGCACCGCAAGUUUCUCUUGCUCGAAUAACGCUUGA